AUGAAACCAUAUUCACUUGCAAACAAACGCAAUAGUAACAAAAUACUAAACGAAGGAAUGGAAGCUUUACGACAAAUAGCAACAACAUCUUUAUUUAUGCAGAAUGAGCAGAAAUCCUCAUCGAGUCGGGUAGUUCCAAUAAUCAAAGAGCCAGAAAACAUUGGCGAGUGCAUUUUUAUGAAGACUGCUAGCUGCGAUGAAACUUCCGAUAUGAUUUAUAAACAAAAUGCCAAGCUAUAUAACAUGGUCUAUAGCUCAGAAGAGCCUGAAUCCAGAGUGAAUGAGUCAACAGAAUCAAAUGUUAAUAUAGAUGCUCAGUGCACAGCGUCAUUGGAGCAACAAAAUACUUUGUUGCCAUCAAUGCCAAUACCAGAAGAAGUAACAGCCAGUCCAACAAGCAAAUUGUCCCGGACACGCAUGGCAUUGAACCACAAAAUUAUUCCGCAGGCACCCUUCAUUGCCAAAAAUGAUGCAAACGACAAAGGCUUGUUAAUGGAAACUUCGUUGUCUAUAAUUAAGUCAUCGACUAUUGUCAGCGGACUUGCAUUAUCCGUAAUACCUGGAACAAACUUUGCUGCUGAAAACGAAACUUGUAAUGCAUCUGGAUUCACUCAUAACGAAGCACUUCCCACACCCACUGUAUCUCGAAAAAUUUGCGUUAUUAACCCAUUGUCAGAGCCAAAAUCCAAUAUGGCGUCCAAUUUAUUAUCUUUGAACAAGUCAAAUACCAAUAUUAGCGCCUCGAAUACACCUAUUAUUACAAGCAAAUCCAAAUGCCAAUCAGCAGAGUCAAUUUAUCUUCCUGGCCAAAUUGAUGAGAAGGUCGCAUCAGAGAAAAACUUGAUAACUGAAUCAAAUAAUAAUAAAAAUUCCCAGAUAUCGAUGCCCAAAUUUUUGAACACCAGAUUUAUGUUCCCCUUUCCUCCAUCCAAUUCUGACAGUGAAUCAGAAGGCUCUCCGGAGUUAUCACCUUCACAGUCCACAGUUAUUCAAACUAAGUUACCAGGAAGGGAUCAAUCACCUAAUGCCAGCGCUGCUUCCAACAUAAGUAUAUCACCUGACAACAUAUAUGAUCCACAACAAAAUCAAUCCAAAAACGCAUUUGAAUCGGAACUUUUACUUAGUCCAGCUAAACUCGGUCAAUAAAUUUCUCAAAACACGUUUUGCUGAUCGCUAGAAAAUUUAAAUUAGACCUUGUACAAAUAUUCUUACAAAUAUUCACGAAGAAAGGAAAUGCUCUAAGUUAUUUUAUUGAAAACAUAAUAGCCGGAAAACUACCUGUAUCUUAAUUUAGGGCAAACUACGUGUAUGCUGAAGUUAGCCAUCAUCCGCUCCUAAAGAAACUUACAUUUGAGUUCCUUUGGUAGUUUUCUACGCGUGAAAAAGUUUUGCGGAGAUAAAUACAAGUAUAACUGGCUGCUGACGUCCGGAAAGCGUUGCGUGCAAAAAACACGCCACGAUGAAUGCUUUGGAAAGCAGGUGCUUUCUAAUGCGCGUAAAAAUAUGGGGGUUAGCAAUGUUUUCACUUUACGUUGAAACUUAAACGUUCUGUGCGACAUGGUCAUACAUAUCAGUAUACUUAUUUUGA